AUGUUCGUGGUUAUUCAACCUGCGAGCCCUUCUGCCACUGACCCUGGCGCGCUCAUAAACGCGCUCGUCACCCUGUCUGGCGUUGUCUCGGACCCGACCGGGCCGUUCGCUUCCAACGGAGUCCUCGGUACCAACGGGGCUCUGGGAUCGGGCUGCCUUGCGAACAACACCGCGUCCCUGGGGCCCGAUGGACCUUUCGGCGUCAAUGGCCCCUUUGGGCCCAACGGUCAGUUUGGGCCCAACGGCCCUUUUGGUCCCAGCGGUUCUUUUAGUCCAAAUGGACAGUUCGGACCCAACGGUCCGUUCGGACCCAGUGGCGUGUUCGGACCCAACGGUGUAUUUGGCCCUGACGGCCCCUUUGGCCCGAACGGAGCGUUUGGUCCCACCGGGAUGUGUACCUCCGCGCUUGCUAGUCUGACGGGCAUUCGUGGGAUCUGA